UCUUCCCCAUCCGCUCUCUCUCUCUAUCUCCUUCCCUCUGCAACCCAUUCCGUCUUCCCCCUCACCACCACAAGCCACCCCCAGACCCCGUUUCCGCUGAUGAUAGUGUAGAGCCAUGGUGGCGGAGCGCGUCGUCACGGUGGAGUACCUGGAGCCGACCAUGUCACGGGAGCUCCUCGGCAAGUUCCCGGACAACUCCGCCUUCGACUUCGAUUACUCCCAGAGCGGGAUAUGGUCUCCCCUGCUCCCCCGCGGCAUCGAUGACGUCCGGAAGAAACUCUUAGCCGGAUCUCCAGUGACGCUCCGAAGAGUGAAAGCAAAGCUCGCGUACAAGAAGCGGAAGCAGAAGAGGCCGAGUGCUAUUAGGAAGAGCUUAGAUUUCUCUCCGGUUCCUUCUCCUAAACUGGGGUGGAAGAGGGUGCUGAGAGCAGCCGCGAAGCGCUUCAAGGUCCAUGCAAGAUCGCCGCUGCAGAUGAUGCUGCCCACAUUGUGACCCGAUAAACAGUUGCCUGCUCAACUGGCGUAUCGGAUCUCCACCGCAAUUGCUGUAGCCAUUUGUUUGUUUUCGUUCCUGCAUCAUGCAGAUU